UGACCUAAAACAACAAACUUCCCCCAAAAGAUUUUCCCUAGAAAAAUUUAAGGCUAAUAUUGUCAUUUCACCUAAAAAAGAGAAAAAGAAAAGAAGAAAAGAACAUGCUAACACCCAUGCUCCCCAUCGGAACCAGAAAGUAAAGCAAGCUUACACUUUGCUAAAGACAAAACACCAGUUUCGUCCUCUUCAUAAAUAAAACCCUUCUCUCUCUCUCAUAUUAACCCUUCAAUCAUCACUCAACCAUCGAACAAAGACCCCAUUAUUCUCCUCAUGUUCAUCCAUUUACUAGACUAGACUAUCCACAAACCAAACAUCUCUCUCAAAAACGUUUCUUUUUUAGGUUUGCUCUUCUUGCUAUGUAAAUGGUCUUAUCAAAGCAGUAAAAAUAAUGGAUCUUGAGAGACCCCAUCGAAGUAAUAGCAUCAAAAACAGUAGCAGCAGCAACGCAACAAGCGAGCUCUUCAUUUGUUUCUCAUCACGUCUUUCUUCAUCUUCAAUGAAGCUCCCUUCAAAAUCAAUCCUUAGUCCCGGUCGUACAAGGGAGCCUUCACAAAUCUCUCUCUCUUCAUCGCUUACCAGGAGAUUGAAAACGAACGGUAGCAUGAAAGGUGGCCAAGCUUCACCGAUGUUCCCGACCAACGGCAAGAAGCGAGGGUGUGCUUUUGAGAACCCUGAACCUUCUUCCCCCAAGGUUACUUGCAUAGGUCAGGUUAGGGUCAAGACAAAGAAACAAGGCAAAAAGUUUAGAGCUUGCGGAUCUACGAGAAGAGGGGAAGUUAGUUUCAGGAAAGUGGAGGAUGUCAACAAUGGAGGUCUUGAUGCAAGUAGCUGUCAAGGUCAUGUUUUGAGCAGCAAUAAGAAAUGGGUGCAAUUUCCGAUGACCAUUUGUGAAGCGUUGAGGGCGUUUGGGACUGAGUUCAACUGCUUCUUGCCUUGUAGGUCUUCUUGCAUGGCUAACCAUAGGGACAAAGAGGAGAAAGCAAGAGGGUCCGGUGGGGGUUCUUGUGGGGCUGUUUGUGCAAGGUGGUUGGUGGCUGUGCAAGAAGGGGAAGGGGAAGGGAAAGGGAGGGAGAUUGAGUUGGUGGUCGGCGGUGGGGAAGAUGAUGAGAGAAGUGAAAGUGGUCAAAGGAGGCAUGUUUUUGAGGAUAUUGUAACAAGUGAUUCUGGUAAUAAAAAUGUUGGUGAUGAAGAUGAGAAAGGAGGAGAAGCGGCAAGGGUGAGUAUUUGUAUACCACCCAAGAAUGCUUUGUUGUUGAUGAGGUGUAGAUCUGAUCCUGUUAAAAUGGCUGCUCUUGCUAGUAAGUUCUGGGAAACUCCAUUGCCAAAAGAUAAAGAACACCAACAAGAAGAUGAACAAGAGGAGCAAGAAGAAGAAGAAGCUGGAAAUGGAAGUGAAGAGAAAGAGGACCUAGAGGGUGAUGCUGUGGAAGUGGAAAAAGAGGAAAGCAAAGUUGAAUCUUUUGAGGAAGCAAUUGAACACCAAGAAGCUAGUGAAGUUAGUGAAAUGUUUGUUUCUUGUGCAGCAACCGAGGAACAAGAAAUCACAGAAACUGAGGCUGAAACAGAGGCAGAAUCUGCUUUGGCAAGGGAUGGAACUGAUGAAGUAGAAGAAGAAAUUACGGGAACAAACUCAAAAGAAGAAACAAUUAUAGAAUGUCAACAUCAAGAAGAAGAAACUGAAGUAAAAGAGAACCAGGAAGAAUCAAAAGAAGAAACUUUACCCCAAGUUUCAUUUGAACUUGACAAGCUUAAUGUUGAAGAGCUGCAAGCAAAUGAAAGUACAAGUGUUGAAACAGAGGAAGAGGGUUCAACUUCAACCGUGGAGGAUGAAGAAACAGAGACGACCCACGAAAGAUCCGAAUCCGAAUACCCGGAAAUGAAAGAACCGGACCCGGAAAUUGAGUCAAAGGAAGGUCAAGAGAAGAUAUUGCCAGAUUGUUUACUGUUAAUGAUGUGUGAGCCAAAGCUGUCAAUGGAGUUAUCCAAGGAGACUUGGGUGUGUAGCACGGAUUUUAUCAGGUGUGUACCGGAGAAGAAAAAGAAUCACCAACAGCAACAGCAGAAAUCAGAAGUCAAACAAAAGCACAGUCGAGAUCAGUCCAAAGAAAGGAACAGCAUUGACCGUAAUCCUGCUCCUAUUUUGUUACAUCCUCCUAGGUCUUCUUGCUCUUUCCCAGUAGCUCCACCGAUGGUUACGGCGGCAGCAGGCGGCGGCUGGACUACGAUUGAUAAGAAGCUUGUUGGGGGUAAAGGGUACGAGUCGUUUAUUCUCACGCGCUGUAAGUCGGAGCCAAGGAGGUCCUCCUCUAAGCUUGCGCCAGAUGCUUGCUUUUGGAAUAAUAUGAAGCUUGAGCCGGCUGCACUCGGAGUUGGUGCGGCUGGAGUUGGUUUUUGAUUAACCGAGUUUUAUGAGAUCAGUAAAAAAAAAGUCUUUGGGGUUACUUUCUCUGUUUUCUUCCCUGUUUUAGAUGCAGUAAAACUGUAAAAUCUGUAGUUUUGUACAACAGUUAUAUUUUACUCGUGUA